AAAACAGAAAAAUAAAAAAUAAAAGUGAAGAGAGGAUUGGGAGGAGGAACCGGAAUUUGGAAUAGAGUCGGAGUCAGGGACUGCAAAUUCAUAUGAACUCGAUUCGUCCGGGAUCCGUCCGUCCGUCCGUCUAUGUAUGUAUACACCACCUGGUUGAUCGACUCAGCGCGUGAUCAACAAGAUCCCCGCAGAUCAGAGCAGAUUUAGACUGACCGGAUCGCCGGACUGUGAACAAGGCUAGGCUCGAUCACCUGAGUAAUCAAUCAGUUCUGCCACCGCCAAAAAGCUAAUCAAGCUGAGCUUCAUCUACCCCGCAAUAAAAAGCUGAGCUUGAUCAAUUACCAGUGAGCCGUGAGGUGAGGCCUAUAAUAACAUCGACCACACAUGCCUCGCGUACUGUACAAGAGGAGCCCUCCUCCUCCGGAACCUGAAGUUGAACCAUGUCCGCCUUCUCCUACCUCACCAUCUUAUGAAUACCCAGAGUUUGAGACCAUGGCUGAUUACACUCCCGAUGAGCAUGGUCCAAGCACCCAAUCCUUUGAUGAUACCGAUGCUGAUCUGAAACUCAGCAAUCCUACAUACACGGAACCCGAAGACGACGAUUCAUAUCUGCGUCUUCCUACUUCACCAUCUUAUGGAGGCCCAGAAUUUGACACCAUGGCUGAUUACAUUCCCAAUGAGCCUGGUCUGAACACCCACCUCUUGGACGAUGAGGAUCGGGGCAUUCCUAUGUACGACAUUGCGGACAACUUUGAUUCGUUAUAUAAUGAUGGUAACACUUUCUCCAAGGAAGAUCUUGAACGGCAAACUAAUAAAUUUGUGGCCGCCGCACUCGACCACUACAACAGCCAAGAAAAAAACAUGAUCAAGUAUGAGCUCAUCAAAGCCAUCACUAGCACUGGAAUCAUGGAUGGAUGGCGCUUUUAUGGUCAUGUAAACUUCACAGCCAAAAGCUCUUUGGAGAAUUCAAAGGAAGAGUUCUUCUUUGCAGAGCUACGUUAUGUUUGUGAUGAUGAUAUAUAUAUACCCACAUGCAUAGUUUCAUUGGAAGAAAAAGAAAGAAUUGGUGGGGUUCGGGGCAUCAAAGGUAAUGAUGGAUACCAUGGCAAGGAAAUUCGUGUUGACACCCAACAUUGCUAUGCAUGCCGAGAAGAACUGAUGCACCCAGAGGAUGGAGCAUUAUAUGAGACCGGUCAUCAUGUGGAUGAUUGUUAUGGCUAUUGUUGCAGUUGA